GGGCGCCAUACUGCCAUCGUCGCUUCGUUCGGCACAGUACGCGCCCAGCGGCUACGCGGUUCGUCGCGGUGUCGUUGUCGCGGUGUUUAUCGGUUCUCGCCGUCGUUCCUUCGCCGUCAUCGUCGUCGUCGUCGUCGUCGUCGUCGUCGUCGUCGGUGGUGCGCGGUCGUACUCAGGCUUUUGUGCGGCGCCGACCCGUGCCGGCGCGUCGUCGUGUUGCUCCGGAGCAGCAUCGUCUCGUCCGACGUGUCUGCUCUCUGUCGCGCUCAGCUCGAUCUCGCCGGUGCGCCUUCGCGAGGAGGAUACACAAGAAUCGGUGGAGCAGGGCAGAGCGGAGCAGCGCCGGGAGAAUCGCCAAGGGGAUUUUUUUGUUGAGACGCCGGGAGCCGUCUCUCGGGGAGCCCGUGUGAUCGCUUUGUUCGCCGUCGCAGAGGCUCUGCGCACAGAUACACCAAGGCGUAACAGCAUGGUAUGGUCCAGUGACUGAAGACUACUCCCCCGAAAGAUGAAGAAGCCUCAUGUCCUUGCGUGCGUCCUACUCCUGCCUCUCGCGCUGGCUCUCAGCCUGCAGGAGGACGACCUGGUCUUCGACGACGUCGGCGAAGACAAUGAGAACGACGCGCCUCUAUCGACCGUGAAUUACCACACGGUUCCUCGGGCCGAUCGUCGCGAGCAUGUCGUCGAGCCGUCGUUCAGGGACAACAGAAGGCAUCGCUUCGAGAGAUUGUGGGGUGUGCCGGACACCGUUGUCCCCGUUGGACAUGUUUUCAAGAUGAAAAUACCCCGACAAGCCUUCUCGGGAAACGUGGAUUUUUAUGAGGUUCACGAGACGAUCGAUCACGAUAGUCUCCCGCGAUGGUUGCACUGGGACGAAGCAGCGUCUACUCUCUCGGGCGUGCCGUCGAAGAAGGACGUGGGCGGUCAUCAUCUGACCGUGAAGGCUAUCAGCAAACACGGCGACACCGCCAAGGAUCAGUUCAUCGUGCAAGUCGUUCCCGAAAACCUGGAGGAGCUCAAGCACAAGGACGGAAAGACGCAUUGCAACGAAGACGAAGAGCAAACUCUCCUCACGAUUUUCUUGGACGCGCGGCUGGAGCGACUGUCGCCUAAAGUCAAGGUGGAUGCCAUCGAAAAUCUGGCGGGAUUCCUAGGAAUGCAUACGAACGCCUUUUCGAUGCAUUCCCUAAGCAAGCACGAUAGUAAGCCAUUGGAGUCUUCCAUCAUUCUGGGCGGAUCUGGAAAUGUGCCCCAUCGUCGGGAGAAUUACUUCACCACUAUCCAGUGGCAGGUCGGCUGCGACGGUCACGUGUGGAGGCAUCAAACGGAAUUGAUAAAACAACUGCGGGAACAAGCAAAGGACGGCACUCUGGCGGAAGUUCUGCAAUUGCCUGUAAUACUGUGGCGCGUAAAGACUGAUUCGAGCUCUUUCCUGAGGAAUAGAAGAGAGGCCGGCUCAGGAGACUACGAUAACGCAGACGAUUACGAGGGCUACGACGAUGAUUACGAUGGCGAUUACGACGGCGAGGACGGCGGUGAGGAGGGAGAAAACGAUAACGAGGACUCGCAGGUACAGCCGACCAUCAUGCCGGAUUUCAGCGGUGCAAGAGGCAACACCGUUCCGGAACACCCGCACCGACAUCAUCACGGCGAAGAAACGAUCGAUUGGAACGGCGAAGAGGUUGACGAGGAGGAGAUAGUGACAAAACUGAAGCAGACAGAGCUGGAAAGCGGGGCGGUAAAUAGAACGAGCAGCAGCAGCGCUACGCCUACGACAACAACCACUGAACUUACAUCAUCACCAUCAACAACUACAACCACCACCACCACCACCACCACCACCACGCCGACUACUACUACAACCACCACCCAAGCCGCGCCAACGACCACCGUUAUCGCUAGUACUAGUACUAGCAACACAACGAUUACCACACUGGCAGAUAUAGUGACAGCUAGCGUCUCCACUGUAGCUCCAUCGAUAGAGUCUCCGAGAUCAGAAGUCACGGAGGAGUCGACGGAGAAAACGAAACACGUGGAAUUUACCGUUUUACCGACUGUUCCUACAGACAUCACUACGACUCCUCUCCCUAUAACCACCCAGCUCUUUAGCACAGCGGGAUCGCAGACUAGCGUCCCCGACAGAGUAGAAACCGAGGUCGUCGCCGGUAUUAAUAACAUUACGACGGAAGAGUCGACUGAGCAAACCAUCACGACUACUAUGAGAGAAUGGAUCGUUACGGCAUCAACGACACCCGUUGUUACGAGCGUCACCAAAGCCACCGCUCCUUAUACUAAUACCACGAUGAUUCCAACUGUGGCCAUAACAAAUGCUACGAGCACUACAACUUCGACUGUGAUACCGCCAACGACGGAGCCUCAUACAACGACGAGCGCAACGUCGUAUAUCACCAACGCGACUAUUACUAGUACAACCAGCGCGACUACUACCACUACGGCGCCUACUACAACUACUACCACCCCGACCACGACCACGGUCCGAGUCAUCACGGAACGUAUCGACUUUGGUUUCUCCAACUUCCCACCGAGACGUGACAAGAUAUUAAAGAAGAUACCGGUAACUGCCGGAAAACCGUUGAGCUACGUUAUACCAGCUAAUACUUUCAGCGAUUUAGAGGACGGAGAUACGAGGAAGUUAAAAUUGAACCUCUAUUGGCAAGGUGUACCGCUCAAGCCGACCCACUGGCUCCAGUUCAAUCGCUAUACGCAGGAAGUUUACGGACUGCCUCUUGAGAAUGAUAUAUCCGCGUGGAAUUACGAAUUGGUUGCUACGGACAGCGAAGGCGCCAAUGUUUCCGACAGUCUCGACAUUCACGUGCAACAACACAAACUGAGUCGUAGCGUGAAUCACGAAUUCAGCAUUUACCUGCGGAUCGAUAAGCGAAAUGAAUUCCCCACAGAUGUCGACUGGAAGUUCAAGGUGAUUCGAAGUUUGGCCGAACUUUACGGAGAUAACGACACGCGACACAUAACAGUUCGAAGCAUCGAUUUGAGUACGCCUGAGUACGAACAGCAAGCCAUUUUCACGUGGACUAACGAUAGUCUUCCUAGAAGCAGCGAGUGCCCGAGAGAACAUAUCAACCGAUUAUUGCGCGUGCUCAUCGACAGCGACGGGGAUCCGUCGUCUUCUCUGAGAGCGGUUCUCGCACCGGAAAUCAGAGUCAAGCGUGUUGUGUAUCAAGGUAUCGGGCAAUGCGAGGAUAUGAAGCGUCCCGAGGUGCCGAGAGUCUCUACCGAAGAGCCGAAGGUUAAUUUCCCGCCGGUACCGAGGAACCAAGUGGAUCAUGUGAAUGCAACAGAAGGACAGUUGCUCGUGUUUAAAGUUCCAGAAGAUACUUUCUUCGAUGCCGAAGACGGAUCGUCGCGAAAUAUGAAGAUGUCACUUUUGACAAUUGACCGAGUGCCCAUCCCGCCUCACGAAUGGUUGCAAUUCGACAGCAAGAAUCAGGAAUUUUAUGGCGUACCAAUGCGCAGUGACGUUGGUCGUAAGGAAUAUCAGUUGGUCGUCACCGACAAAGAAGGUGCUAGCGCUACCGAUGGACUGGUCGUUGUGGUGAAUCCAGCGCCUUACAUGACGCACACGGUAGAAUUUUCCAUGACGCUGGAUAUACCGUACGAUUCGUUCGCACACAGCGCGCUCCAGAAGCGCAAUUUCGUCGAGAAAUUGCGAGAUCUCUACGGGGACAAAGACACGAACGCUAUUUCUCUGUACAAUAUCUCAAACGGCAGUACGGUCAUUACGUGGUACAACAGAACUCUGCCCACGUCGUAUUGUGCUCACGACGAGGUUAACAGGCUGCGGUCUGUGCUCGUGAAGAGCGACAAUGACCGACGCUCGGUGACGGACGAGGUGUUGGAUGUGAUGGGUCUGAAAUUCCCGGUGAAGCAGAUCACAGUAAUCCCAAUGGGGAUCUGUCUGGGCGAAUUAACGGGCGUUCACUCGCCGGACAGUUACGUACCACCGGUGGACGAUUCCACGUCCGUUGGCGCUUUCCACGAUGAUUAUCUCUUCACUUUUGUUCUGCCGGCCAUCAUUAUCUCCAUCAUGCUCAUCGGAGCAGGAAUUAUCGCGUGUGUGUUGUACAAACGAAGACGCAGCGGAAAGAUGAGCGUCAGCGAGAAGGACGAGGAACGCCAGAGUUUUCGCAGCAAGGGCAUUCCCGUGAUAUUUCAGGAUGAGCUCGACGAGAAGCCAGAUCCCGGAAACAAAUCGCCCGUCAUUCUGAAAGAAGAAAAGCCGCCUCUUCCACCACCCGAGUAUCAGAAAGCCGAUGACGGAGCCGACGUGCCGAUGCUGUCGAAGGAAAACUCCGAGGAACCGUAUCAGCCACCACCGCCGUUCACCACGAGUCGCGACACCAAUCGGCAAAAUCGUCCGAAACCGACCCCAACGUACAGAAAACCGCCCCCGUAUGUGCCUCCCUAACAAAAUACGGUGCACUCGCCUACGCGCAAAUAUAUGCUAGCAAUGCUCGGAGACUCACCGAUACACAUGCAAAACCAGAACAAUUAUAAAAAGCAAUCUCAAAUUGGCGGCGACGACGACGACGACUACGUCGAUAAUGAUCGUGGGGCUCUGAACGUUUAUAGCGAUGUUUGAAGGAUCUCCAUUCACUCUAUCCGGUGUGACAAUAUACUGGUCGCGAGACAUGAAUGGAAGUUGCUUCUCUGCGCGCCAACUCCGGACCCGCACGUUUUUACUUAUUUUGUAUUGUAACGGCAACGUCACAGCAUCGAUUUUACGGUAAUGCGUUCGACUCCCGCGGUUUCUCGACAUUCGAUCAAUAUGCACUCUAUCUCUCUCAACCGUCUGUAUUUCACGGGAGGGAAAAAAGGAUUUUCUAGGAAGUAUGGGAUUAAUGAAUCACGUGUUGCCUUUCGUAAAAAAAAGAAUUCAAUUGUAGGGAAGGAUCCACGUCGAACUCGAUACGCGAAUUUAGUUUAGAUCGUCGUAGAACCGACAGGCGAUAGGGUAAACAUAUUUUAUUCGACAUGGUAGCAUUCGAGACAGCAACGAUACUCAUAAAUAUUUCAACAAUCAGUGCCAUUUAUUAAGCAAUAAGGGUAUCCGACUGUGAAUAACAGCAUGUACUGUAAUUUAUACGGUUCUACGGAUUUACUGCAAUUACUGUUACAGAGCCUCCGGGUAUCAAGAACGACGAACUUAACGAAAUACAACGUGUAUAACACUGCCAGAACGACAAACGCACGAUAUAACGUCGCGAAGCGAGCCAGUUUCCGGGUAUAUGUAUAUCCGAUCUCUCUCCCAAAACCCUCCAUUUUUUAGGAUAGUUCCUGGCGAAUCGAACGAAGCGGUAUUACUGUGAACGCCGCUCGCGCGAGAACGAAUGAACUAGCUCACUUGGCGAUCGCUAUUACUUAAGGAGAAAAUAUCGGAGAGAACUGAAACGUUUUUUUGAGACAUAAUUUAAAGAAGGAAUGAUUACAUGCAAUGCCAUUGCAAAGUGACAGCAAAUGCUUCCAUUGGCACGGUAGGCCAUGCAGAUAAGAAAAACUAAUGAUAAUAUAUAUAUAUAUAUACACACACACAAAUAUAAAAAUAUAUAUAUAUAUAAAUAUGUAUAUUACCUAUUUGCCGUUCGAUAGAUAACAGUCUGCAGUUACUUAGGAGAGCGUAAUUUAAAUACUGCCAGACCAACGUUACUAGCAUUUAUUUCCUUUCCUUUUUUUUUUGCACACUUUGCAAACGAAUGGGAGGGAGCACCCAUUCCCUCCGUUCGUUUCACGCACAAUUGUUCUCAUUGUUAACGCAUUGCAACUUUUCUGAUUUUAUAGAAGAAAAACUUUUUGGUUUUCUUACGAACUUGCAUCGUUUCACGAACGCGUACGAGUUAGCAUCGAAAGGUUAACUCAGGAAAAACAAGAAACACUGAUGCGCACGUACAUAAGAACGAGACUAUUUAAUUUAGACUUUACAUAGUUACCAAGCCAAAAAAUAAUUAAUAUUUAAAAAGAGGAUGGUGAAGGUAAGGUAAUAAGAACGUGUUUUUAACCGCGAAAAACGUGGCUCGCACUCUUUGAGAGCGCAUUUUUAUAAUGUUUUUUGUAAUUUUUUAACAACCGUAUCGCGAUACACACCCAUCGUUUGUAUGUCCGGUGCGCGAAAGAGUGCGGGGUAUGGUACGGGUACGUAUGCAGCCGUUUCUUCAAUACCUCGAUAGUUUCCUGAUAUUUUUGAAAGGAAAUACGAGAAACGAAAUAAAAAAAAGAGAGGAGGAAAAGGAGCAGGAGAAGGAGGAAGAAGAAGAGGAACUUCUCGCGUGUCCCGAAUUCGAGGGCUCCCUUCGUCAACCGCGUCAUCGCGGGCGAUGAACGAAUCGACGAAUUUGCGGGCGCGCGCAUCUAUAUUGGUGUGAAUGCUGAUGAUCAAUACAGUAUGCGAGAGCGGAGAAUGUUUCGUAUGCAAGCUAUAAAUUACGAUCUAAUAUAAUAUAUUACUAUUAAUUCAUGUCUUUGUAACGUAGAUGAUUUAAGUAUAUGCCGUGACAAUUGAAUACUUUACACAUCGUUCGUAUCUUGUUUAUCGCAGAAUUAUAUAAAGAAUGGGAGGAGGGACGCAAUUGUUGUCACUCAUACGCGUAUCAAUUCAUGACGAUUCGUGCCGUACGAGCCGACAGUUAAGUACGUACGUUUUAUUAUUUUUAAAACACACACGAAUAAAGAACUUCUGUAUGUUGAAUUCGGGUUGAACUAAAUCUAUAUUGAUGUACUAUACUACCAUAAAGUGGAAUUAUUUCGCAUUUGCAAUAUUUCUUUGUGCGCGAUUCCCAAUAAGCAUAUCUACUGAUGUUCGGAUAACAGCGUCAAUUUUUGCCAAAUCAAAACUUUGCUGCAUUUACUGUCGACGCACCAAGACUCAUAUUUACCGUUUCAACCGAGAUCUGUUGCACAAAGUAAUAAUGCGAUCGAAGUCAGUGUUAUUCGGCUAUUUUAUGGUGGUAUAGUGUUCGCGAAAUUUUUCGGUUUGAAUUCGACAAUUGACGUACAACGCGUGAAACUAUUACGAAGAGCUUUAUAUUCCGUCUGUGAUCUGCGGUAAACAAGCACAGCUUCUCUCAUAUCAUGCUUCUAAUCAUAUCAUUGCUCCACACGCGUAUCUUUUAAUAAAGCGCUGCAAUUGUGUUUACUGUGAAAAUGAUAAUGUAUGAUAGACAUGUACGAUAAUUUAUAAGAUAGGGACAACGCGCGGAGGACGACACCUCAAUGAAAAAAAAAAAAAAAAAAA